AUGGGGCAAAGAAGUAAUUCCAACAGUGUGGACGAUGGAAAAUGUCAAUAUUUCGGGAUAUUUUCAAAUGUCUGUGUCGUUGGUCGCAUCAUAGAACCGCCUUCGGCCCACCUCAGCCGAAGCGUUACCAAUCCUAGUAUUGUAAGCAAUCCUAGUAGUGUGAGCAAUCCUAGUAGUGUUAGCAAUCCUAGAAAUGUUAGCAAUCCUAGCAAUGAUAGUAAUCCUAGUAGUGUGAGCAAUCCUAGUAUUGUUAGCAAUCCUAGUAGCGUUAGCAAUCCUAGUAGCGUUAGCAAUCCUAGUAGCGUUAGCAAUCCUAGUAGUGUUAGCAAUCCUAGUAAUGUUAGCAAUCCUAGUAGUGUUAGCAAUCCUAGUAGUGUUAGCAAUCCUAGUAGUGUUAGCUAUCCUAGUAGUGUUAGCAAUCCUAGUAGUGUUAGCAAUCCCAGCAGUGUUAGCAAUCCUAGAAAUGUUAGCAAUCCUAGUAGCGUUAGCAAUCCUAGUAGUGUUAUCAAUCCUAGUAGUGUUAGCAAUCCUAGUAGUGUUAUCAAUCCUAAUAGUGUUAGCAAUCCUAGAAAUGUUAGCAAUCCUAGCAGUGUAAGCAAUCCUAGUAUUGUUGGCAAUCCUAGUAGUGUUAGCAAUCCUAGUAGUGUUAGCAAUCCUAGUAGCGUUAGCAAUCCUAGUAUUGUUGGCAAUCCUAGUAGUGUUGGCAAUCCUAGUAGUGUUAGCAAUCCUAGUAGUGUUAGCAAUCCUAGCAAUGAUAGCAACCCUAAUAGUGUUAGCAAUCCUAGUAUUGUUAGCAAUCCUAGUAGUGUUGGCAAUCCUAGUAGUGUUAGCAAUCCUAGCAAUGAUAGCAACCCUAAUAUUGUAAGCAAUCCUAGUAGUGUUAGCUAUCCUAGUAGUGUUGGCAAUCCUAGUAGUGUUAGCAAUCCUAGUAGUGUUAGCAAUCCUAGUAAUGUUAGCAAUCCUAGUAGUGUUAGCAAUCCUAGUAGUGUUAGCAAUCCUAGUAGUGUUAGCUAUCCUAGUAGUGUUAGCUAUCCUAGUAGUGUUAGCAAUCCCAGCAGUGUUAGCAAUCCUAGAAAUGUUAGCAAUCCUAGUAGCGUUAGCAAUCCUAGUAACGUUAGCAAUCCUAGUAGUGUUAUCAAUCCUAGUAGUGUUAGCAAUCCUAGUAGUGUUAUCAAUCCUAAUAGUGUUAGCAAUCCUAGAAAUGUUAGCAAUCCUAGCAGUGUAAGCAAUCCUAGUAUUGUUGGCAAUCCUAGAAAUGUUAGCAAUCCUAGUAGUGUAAGCAAUCCUAGUAUUGUUAGCAAUCCUAGUAGUGUUAGCAAUCCUAGUAGCGUUAGCAAUCCUAGUAUUGUUGGCAAUCCUAGUAGUGUUGGCAAUCCUAGUAGUGUUGGCAAUCCUAGUAGUGUUAGCAAUCCUAGUAGUGUUAGCAAUCCUAGCAAUGAUAGCAACCCUAAUAGCGUUAGCAAUCCUAGUAUUGUUAGCAAUCCUAGUAGUGUUGGCAAUCCUAGUAGUGUUAGCAAUCCUAGCAAUGAUAUCAACCCUAAUAUUGUAAGCAAUCCUAGUAGUGUUAGCUAUCCUAGUAGUGUUGGCAAUCCUAGUAGUGUUAGCAAUCCUAGUAACGUUAGCAAUUCUAGCAAUGUUAGCAAUCCUAGUAUUGUUAUCAAUCCUAGUAGUGUUAGCAAUCCUAGUAUUGUUAGCAGUCUUAGCAAUUCUAGUAUUGUUAGCAAUCCUAGCAGUGUAAGCAAUCCUAGUAUUGUUAUCAAUCCUAGUAACGUUAGCAAUCCUAGCAAUGUUAUCAAUCCUAGCAGUACUAGCAAUCCUAUAAGUGUUAGCAAUCCUAGCAGUCCUGGUAAUACUAGUAGUCUUGACAAUCCUAGUAGUGUUAGCAAUCCUAGCAAUGUUAGUAAUCCUAGUAGUGUUAGCAAUCCUAAUAGUGUUAGCAAUCCUAGUAUUGUUAUCAAUCCUAGUAGUGUUAGCAAUCCUAGCAAUGUUAGCAAUCCUAGUAGUGUUAGCAAUCCUAGCAAUGUUAGCAAUCCUAAUAGUGUUAGCUAUCCUAGUAGUGUUAGCAAUCCUAGCAAUGUUAGCAAUCCUAAUAGUGUUAGCUAUCCUAGUAGUCUUAGCAAUCCUAGCAGUCUUAGCAAUCCGAAGGUUCCCGCUGUUUUCUUAUCGGCCUUUUAA